CACACUAGUUUUAACCUCUCAAAUUGUACAAAUUACGACCCAACACAAGCAAGAUUUAUAGUACUUAGUUCUACCGAAAAGAAGCUUUCUACCUUGUCUCCAUUCCUCGUACAAAAAUCACUAGAAUCACUCGUGGGAAACCCUAAAAAUGUCCUACAGCUGUCCUCAGGGGAUUUAUUAGUGGAAACUUCUUCUGUUAAACAAACAACUGCACUACUAAAAUCUCAUAAACUUGGCAAUGUUACUAUAACAGCAUCUCCACACAAUACUUUAAAUAUAUCUAAAGGUGUCAUAUCCGAUAAAGCUCUACAAUAUCUCCCUAUAUCCGAAAUCAUUGAAGGACUCUCUACUCAAGGCGUUAUUGAUGCCCGAAACAUAACUAUUAAAAAAGGUUCAGAAAUUAUUGAAACUCAACACAUAAUUUUAACUUUCACCACAGCCACAUUACCCACUGACGUAAAAGCUGGAUAUAGAAAUUGCAAAGUCCGAUCUUACAUUCCCAAUCCAUUACGUUGUUUUAAAUGCCAAAAGUUUGGCCAUUCUACCAACAAUUGCAGAGGGAAGGAAACAUGUUCCCGCUGUGGCCAAACGGGGCAUAUAUUUAAGUCUUGUACAUCACCUGAACUAUGUAUUAACUGCCAUGUAUCUCACUCUGCUAAUUCACGAUUAUGUCAAAAAUGGAAGCAGGAAAAGCAAAUCUUAAACACUAAAGUAACACACAAUCUCUCCUAUACAGAAGCUAAGACAAAGUUUCUAAAUUCACAGCCGCGCCUAAACAUUUCAUAUGCAGCUGCCGUAUCUAACUCUAAAAUAACGAAAUCCAUUGGCAUACAAUACAAUGAAGAAGAAACAGACCCACAGAAUACGAAAUUUAAAACCUUACUUCCUAAAAAAUUUGUCAGCAACAAAAUACUCUAAAGCAACUCAACCGACACCCAGCACUUCAAAAUCAUUAUCUUCUCAGCCCUCUCCACAACCCUCUCAACAGAUUCCUUCGCAAAAGAAUCCUAGUAGCAAUCAAUAUAUAAAAAUUGCACCUCAACUAGCAAGUGUCUUGCAUAAAAAACUAUCUCAAUCACCAAUGAUUAGCAAAGCUAAGUUUGUUUCUAAAGGCAGACAAAAUCGUUUUGACAAAAACCGUAAAAAACUUAUAAAUAAUAAAAAAGAUUCUCAAUCUGACGAAAUGUACUCUGAUGAAGAUGGCACCGACUCGGAAAUGCAAAUUGAAAAGGGUAUGGAAAAGCCUGUUAACCUAAGCCCUAAAAUCACAAAAUUU